CCAGGAGGAUUUUAAAGGACCCCGGCAUUGCGCACGCCUGUUUGACAACAUUAGCUCUCAGACUAUCAGGCUCCAGGGCAGCAGAGGUUCAGUAAACAUGGCGGAAGUGAAGGUGAAAAAGGAGGCAAACCUGUCGGACCCCGCGGAGGUCGAGAACAGGAUCAAAGAACUGUGUCACCAGUUUCCUCAGGGCAUCACAGACCAGGUGAUCCAGAACGACCUGCCUCACCUGGAGCCUCAGCAGAGAGCCAUGGCCAUCAACAAGCUGCUGUCUCUGGGUCAGCUGGACCUGCUGAGGAACAGCUCAGGUCUGCUGUAUAGACUGAAGGACUCUCAGAGCACCAGUAAGAUGAAAGGUUCAGACAACCAGGAGAAGCUGGUUUACCAGAUCAUUGAGGACGCUGGAAACAAAGGAAUCUGGAGCAGAGACAUUCGCUUUAAAAGCAACCUUCCUCUGACGGAGAUCAACAAGAUCCUGAAGAACCUGGAGAGCAAGAAGCUCAUCAAAGCUGUGAAGUCUGUGGCUGCCUCCAAGAAGAAGGUCUACAUGCUCUACAACCUGCAGCCCGACCGCUCCGUCACCGGCGGCGCCUGGUACAGCGACCAGGACUUCGAGUCCGAGUUCGUGGAGGUUCUCAACCAGCAGUGUUUCAAGUUCCUGCAGAGCAAAGCUGAAGCUGCGAGGGACAGCAAGCAGAGUCCGAUGGUCCAGAGGAACAGCUCCUUCGCCACGUCGCACGAAGUCUGGAAAUACAUCUGUGAGCUGGGAAUCAGCAAGGUGGACCUAUCGAUGGACGACAUCGAGACCAUCCUGAACACGCUGAUCUACGACGGGAAGGUGGAGAUGACGGUGAUCGCGGCGAAGGAGGGCACGGUGGGCAGUGUGGACGGACAGAUGAAGCUGUACCGAGGUGUCAACGCUGUCAUCCAGCCCACCGGCCUCGUCAAGACGCCCUGCGGACUCUGCCCGGUGUUCGAGGACUGUCACGAAGGAGGGGAGAUCUCUCCAUCCAGCUGCAUCUACAUGACCGAGUGGUUGGACUUCUGACUGCAGGAGUCCACGCUGUUAUUUCUGUCCUCUUUAUUUUCUAUUUAAUAAAACAUUCGUUAAACUUCC